GGAUCGAAGAGGGUGGUGCUCUUCUGCUCUAUUUUUCACAUGGAAUGGCAGAUCUUGUGACCUUUAGUAAUGCCGACCACAACGUUGAACAGGCAUUGAUUACAUUGAAGAAGGGUACUCAACUUUUGAAAUAUGGUCGCAAAGGGAAGCCCAAGUUUUAUCCUUUUAGACUGUCUAGUGAUGAAAAAUCUUUGAUCUGGAUAUCGAGUAGUGGUGAGAAGCGACUGAAGUUAGCGUCUGUAUCUAAAAUUGUACCUGGGCAAAGAACUGCUGUUUUCCAGCGAUAUCUUCGCCCAGAGAAAGAUUACUUAUCCUUUUCUCUCUUAUACAACGGAAAAAAGAAGUCUCUUGACUUGAUUUGUAAGGACAAAGUUGAGGCUGAGAUUUGGAUUGGAGGCCUGAAAACAUUAAUAUCGACUGGGCAAGGCGGGCGCUCAAAAAUCGAUGGCUGGAGUGGCGGAGGCCUUUCAGUUGAUGCCAGCAGAGACUUGACAUCGAGCAGUCCAAGUAGCAGUUCUGCCAGUGCUUCACGAGGUCACAGCUCUCCUGGGACUCCCUUUAAUUUCGAUCCAAUUACUUCUCCUAAGAGUGCUGAGCCUGAGGUUCCUCCAACUGAUUCGGAGAAAUCACAUGUUGCAUUGGACAACAAAAAUAUGCAAACAAAGGUAUCUGGUUCAGAUGGUUUUCGGGUUAGUGUCUCUAGUGCCCAAAGUAGUUCUAGUCAUGGUUCUGCAGCAGAUGACUCUGAUGCUCUAGGUGACGUUUACAUUUGGGGUGAGGUUAUAUGUGACAAUGUUGUUAAGGUUGGGAUUGAUAAGAAUGCAAGUUAUCUGACCACAAGAACGGAUGUCCUUGUGCCGAAGCCAUUGGAGUCGAAUAUUGUCUUGGAUGUUCAUCAAAUUGCAUGUGGUGUCAGGCAUGCUGCAUUUGUGACAAGGCAAGGUGAAAUUUUUACUUGGGGUGAAGAAUCUGGAGGAAGACUGGGUCAUGGUAUUGGGAAAGAUGUUUUUCAUCCCCGUCUUGUUGAAUCUCUCACAGCUACUUCAUCUGUUGACUUUGUUGCUUGUGGAGAAUUCCACACUUGUGCUGUUACAUUGGCUGGAGAGCUCUAUACCUGGGGUGAUGGUACACAUAAUGUCGGGCUUCUUGGACAUGGCUCUGAUAUCAGUCACUGGAUACCAAAGAGAAUUGCCGGUUGUCUCGAGGGGCUUCAUGUGGCUUCGGUAACUUGUGGACCCUGGCACACUGCUUUGAUAACAUCAUAUGGGAGGCUUUUUACAUUUGGAGAUGGAACAUUCGGUGUCUUAGGGCACGGUGACAGGGAAACAGUUCAGUAUCCAAGAGAAGUUGAAUCUCUAUCAGGAUUGAGAACGAUUGCGGUUUCAUGUGGGGUUUGGCAUACUGCUGCUGUUGUUGAGAUCAUUGUCACACAGUCAAACUCAAGUUCUGUAUCAUCUGGAAAAUUGUUCACAUGGGGUGAUGGAGAUAAAAACCGUCUCGGACAUGGUGACAAAGAUCCUCGGCUUAAACCAACGUGUGUGCCUGCAUUAAUUGAUUACAACUUUCACAAAAUUGCAUGUGGACACAGUUUAACAGUUGGUUUGACCACGUCUGGACAAGUUUUCACUAUGGGGAGUACAGUUUAUGGUCAACUUGGGAAUUUACAGACUGAUGGAAAAUUACCGUGUUUGGUGGAAGACAAGCUUGCAAGUGAAUUUGUCGAGGAGAUCUCCUGCGGGGCAUAUCAUGUGGCGGCCUUAACAUCUAGAAAUGAAGUUUACACAUGGGGUAAAGGAGCCAAUGGGAGAUUAGGGCAUGGUGAUCUGGAGGAUCGAAAAGUACCAACUCUUGUGGAAGCUUUGAAGGAUAGACACGUAAAAUACAUUGCUUGCGGAUCAAAUUACACUGCAGCCAUAUGUCUGCACAAAUGGGUCUCUGGUGCUGAGCAGUCUCAGUGUUCAACCUGUAGACUGGCUUUUGGGUUUACACGGAAAAGACAUAACUGUUACAAUUGUGGACUUGUGCACUGUCAUUCAUGCAGUUCAAAAAAAGCAUUCCGAGCUGCAUUGGCCCCAAGCGCGGGAAGACUAUAUCGUGUCUGCGAUUCUUGUUAUGUUAAGCUCAGCAAAGUGUCUGAGAUAAACGAUACUAACAGAAGAAACAGUGCUGUGCCUCGUCUUUCAGGGGAGAACAAAGACAGAUUAGAUAAAUCUGAAAUAAGAUUAGCUAAAUUUGGUACAUCCAAUAUGGACUUAAUUAAGCAAUUGGAUAGUAAAGCGGCCAAACAAGGAAAGAAAACUGACACUUUUUCACUCGGUCGCAACUCUCAGCUGCCUUCUUUGUUGCAGCUGAAAGAUGCUGUGCAGUCUAAUAUAGGCGAUAUGCGAAGAGCUACUCCAAAGUUAGCUCCGGCUCCAUCAGGUAUCAGCUCUCGGUCAGUGUCACCUUUCUCUAGGAGAUCUAGUCCUCCCCGCUCUGCCACUCCUAUGCCUUCAACUUCUGGGCUCUAUUUUCCCGUCGGUAUAGCAGAUAAUAUGAAAAAAACCAAUGAAAUUCUGAACCAGGAGAUUGUUAAGUUACGAACACAGGUUGACAGUCUAACCCAAAAAUGUGAACUCCAAGAAGUAGAGCUUCAGAACUCGGUAAAGAAGACUCAGGAAGCCUUAGCAUUGGCAGAGGAGGAAUCUGCCAAAUCAAGAGCCGCGAAAGAGGCAAUAAAGUCGCUCAUAGCGCAGCUCAAAGAUGUAGCUGAGAAGUUGCCUCCUGGUGAGAGUGUAAAAUUCGCCUGCCUUCAAAACGGACUAGACCAGAACGGUUUCCAUUUCCCUGAAGAAAAUGGUUUCCAUCCUUCAAGGUCGGAAUCAAUGACUUCAUCUAUAUCUUCAGUUGCACCUUUUGACUUUGCCUUUGCAAAUGCAUCUUGGUCUAAUCUCCAAUCACCAAAGCAAACGCCUAGAGCCAGCGAAAGAAACAACAAUGCUUAUCCAGCGGACCCACGGCUUAGCAGCAGCGGGUCAGUAAUCAGUGAGAGACACGAGCCUUUCCAGUUCCAAAACAACAGCGACAGUGGGCCGAGCCAAACAGGAGUUAACAAUACUAAUCAGGUAGAAGCAGAGUGGAUCGAACAGUACGAGCCAGGCGUGUAUAUAACCCUUGUCGCCCUCCACGAUGGAACUAGAGAUUUACGAAGAGUCCGCUUCAGCCGAAGAAGAUUCGGGGAACAUCAAGCUGAGACAUGGUGGUCGGAGAAUCGGGAAAAAGUGUAUGAGAAAUAUAAUGUUAGAGUGUCGGAAAAAGCAACGGCUUCGCAAACGCAUAGAGACAGAGAGGAAGAAGAAGAAGACAUUCCUCAGUAGUAGACUCAUAAUAACAUUUGUAUGAUUUU